AUGUUGCCAAAGUUCUUGCUGCAAUCCUAUCCAACGGAGAAGAACUUAUUUUUGGUACCCAAAUUCGCUUUGGGCGUCAUUGGCUUCUAUCCGCAGCUUGGCAAGUCUACACUGAUGAACGCUUGGGCCUUAUUCAACUUGAUCAUACUCGUCUAUGGCUCCUAUGCUGAGUUCGCCUUUGGCUUAAGCUUUCUCUCCACCGAUGCAAUGCGCGCCUUGGAUGCACUCUGUCCAGUCGCUUCGAGUAUCAUGUCCGUCUUCAAAGUUUGUUUCAUCUGGUGGCAUCGUGCAGAGAUCGAACGCCUUGUCCAUCGUGUAGCGGAGUUGACUGCCGAGCAAAAUAGUCCACGGAAAUUGGAUUGUAAACGCAAGUACUUUGCGAAUGGAACGCGACUCUCUUCGUCGGUGUUACUUUUCGGUUUCCUUACGAGCACCUUGUACACCAUACGCGCUGGCAUUGUGAAUUACUCGGCCUACGUGCGUGGAGAUGAAAUACCAUUUGAGACGCCUUUCAAAAUGAUUUUUCCACAACCCCUCGUUUCGAUGCCAAUUUUUCCGUUAACUUUCACGCUGUCGCAUUGGCAUGGCUACAUAACGGUUGCAGGUUUUGCUGGCGCUGAUGGUUUAUUUCUCUGCUUCUGCAUGUAUUUCGGUACACUUUUAAAGGCGCUCCAGUAUGAUCUCAGCGAUUUGCUGGCUGACAUUGACAGUGAGCAGGGGAGUAACCGCUAUGCAGAGCGAGAUAUUGAGGAGGGUUUGAAAAAGCUCAUUGCGCGUCACAAUGAAAUUGUCGAUUUAAUUAACCGAUUCUCGGCGGUCAUGGCGCUUAUGACCUUGGGACAAUUUGUGUCUUCGAGCCUCAUUAUUGGAACUUGCGUAGUGGAUUUGUUGUUGUUCUCUGAUUAUGGAGUUUUCGUCUACGUCACCCAUACUAUGGCCGUUUCUACCGAACUCUUUCUUUAUUGCAUAGGCGGCACUGUGAUCAUUGAGUUUAGUUCUGAACUGGCCACCACGGUCUAUAGCAGUAAAUGGUACACGCAUAGCGUACGAGUUCAGAGAAUGGUACUCCUCAUUAUUAUACGCGCUCAACGUAGCUUGGUGGUGAAAGUCCCGUUUUUUGCGCCAUCCUUACCCACACUGACUUCGAUUCUACGUUUUACAGGCUCUUUGAUCGCCUUAGUGAAGUCGAUGAUUUAA